AUGCCGGUUAGAGAGUUACGCGACUUUGUUGGAUACAUUGGCCGAAAAGGGAGGAACAAUCCGAAUCUGGCCAUCCACGACUCCUGGCAUGGCACAAUAUCUACAGUGGCUCAGCCGGCUGUGUUUCAGUGUCAACAGAGAAAGGUCGAUACCAAUCCAACGAGGCUUUACGAUGCCUAUAAAAGGGUUCAAACGCUUAAUAGUAGUCCCGAGCAUUAUCUGGCAUUAUCAUAUUGCUGGGAAGAAUGGCCAGAUAACAAAUUACUCCAGGACAAGCUCGAAGGCAUUGCUCGGAGACUUUCAAUCCGAUACUUCUGGGUGGAUAGAUGGUGCAUCGACCAGGAUAGCGUUGCCGACAAAGCCGUCGAGAUUAAACGCAUGCGAGACUAUUAUACUGGAGCUAGCGGCUGCGUUGUAUUGACAGGGCCCGAGGCGAAACCAUUUCGACUCGUGCCGCAGCAUGACGGAGCAAUUCUCUCAGCAUACCAGCAGAUACAGUGCAAUGCAGAGGCUCUACGGUCUCUGUUCGACUGCAAAUGGGUGAGUAGAGUGUGGACUCUACAGGAAGCCUUAAUGUCCCGGCAGCUUAUCUACUCUGUAGAUAAUCAGCUCAUCGAUGGUGACUAUGUUUCGGAACUUGUCUCGUAUAUCGAAACUUUCUCAGAGGUCUAUGUCGAUGAUGGAGGGAACGAUCCAGAGUGGGUCGGUGGCUAUGGCUGCUAUGGUUGGAACCCUCGACUUCCAACAACUAUUUACUCGCGACAAUUCAGGAUGACGGGCCAGCCUUCACAGCCCACUAUUAUAAGGACCAUUUUCGGCGGCAGGAAACAACAUGAGGAGCUACGGACAACACACCAUGGCCUACGCAUGCCUCUAGAAGAGGCACUGACUAUGGUCGCAGGGCGAGUUGCAACGUACAAGGAAGACUAUAUAUACGGCAUACUAGGAAUCACUGAAAGAGGGCAUGCCGUGGACGUCGAACCUGGUAUUGACUGGCUCACUAUGCUUGGCAGGUUGCAGCGGGCUGGAAUGAUUACUGAGCGGCAGCUUGCAUCGUCUGCCCCAAGCGUGCAUCGUGCGAUGAGCUGGCUGCCUGAAUGUGGACCAGACUAUGGCCCCUUCACAUGUUUGGAGAGACUUGCUGCCUUCGUCCCUCGGCCAAAAGUCGUUUAUUCCGAACAAGGAGCAGCUGUGAUGGGAACAACAUUCGAAUGGAUUGAGCCCGAAUAUCAGGAAUUCUCUUUCCUAAGCAUACACGGAAUGGCAUGUAGGCUAGUAAGAGGCAAGGUUCGGUUUCCUGAGAUUCCAGGACUUAUCGCUAGAGUAGGCGGGAUAAGCUCACAGCCAUUCGACGAAGGGAGGCUGAGCGGUGUGCAUAUUAUGCUCUGUCGGGAUGUUGACAAUGAUACUAAGGAGACAGUAGGUAUCAAGGUUGCGGGGGACAUCAAGGGCAAGAAUGUUUACAGGCAGAAUGGAUAUGUAUUAGAACUACAUGAAUGGCUUGAGGGUGGCCCGUCUAUGUUAAAGGGGGAGGAAUGGAUAGUAGGUAGUCCAGGAAUUGGUGGUAAAUGUGACAGGUGUGAUAAGUAA